AUGACUGGGGAGGCUAUGCCCCCCACACACAUACAUCCGGAUACAGACUGGGAUGAGGGAGGGAGAGCUCACGAGGGAGAGCUCAAGAGGGGGAGCUUAAGAGAGAGAGCUCUACAGAGCCUCAGAGAGAGAGAGCUUCACAGAGCUUCACAGAGCUUCACAGCGAGCUCUACAGAGCCUCAGAGAGAGAGAGAGAGAGAGCUUCACAGAGCUUCACAGAGCUUCACAGCGAGCUCUACAGAGCCUCAGAGAGAGAGAGAGAGAGCUUCACAGAGCUUCACAGAGCUUCACAGCGAGCUCUACAGAGAGAGAGAGAGAGCUUCACAGAGCUUCACAGAGCUUCACAGCGAGCUCUACAGAGAGAGAGAGAGAGCUUCACAGAGCUUCACAGAGCUUCACAGCGAGCUCUACAGAGCCUCAGAGAGAGAGAGAGAGAGAGAGAGAGCCUCAGAGAGAGCUUACAUGUUAAGAGCUGAAGGGAGAGCGAAGACAAAAACUGCUUUUGAGAACAACAAAUACGAAAUAAAAGAUGCAGACGGAUAUGGAGAAAGCAAUUUGGCAAAGACGACGCGUUUCCGCGGGGAUCAACGGCGCGGAGACACACACGCCGAGCGGCAGUCGCUUCCUGCUGAACUCUUGGAUGUGGAGGACGGUACAUCAUUAUGGCUCCGGCUCGACGUGUUGCCCUUUAUCUUUGUGCACCUCAUGUACAUUGCCACCAUCCUGCUUCCGGCACACGAGGCGAGCGAAUUCAAGCUGGCUUUGCUUGGCUUGCUGGGCCUGGUCGUGGCUCAGACUGUGACCUUUCUACUGGGUUUCUGGUAUCCACAACUGGCAUCGCGCCUGGCGUACAUGCACCUCGCGCCCUCUGAGAUGCACCAGGCGUCCCAUGCCCUUGUUGAAGGAGAUGGGCCCAUGGGCCAGCAACGACUUUGGGCCAUCGAGCCGCUGCACCGCCAGCCAUCCUCUGAUCAAUGUACCCUGGCCUUUCGACGUCUGCGCUACGCUCUCAGUGUCAAUGACAAAAGUGUGCGCGCCGUUCGCGUGGCCCCCGACCUUAACCAACCCCUGGCUGAAUUCUGCAAAGCACGUGGGCUUGCGACCGAGCUGGUCGAGAAACUGCAGGAGCAGUAUGGGUCCAAUACCUUUGAGAUUCCGAUCCCCACCGUGCGCGAACUAUUUAUGGAGCAGAUUGCGGCCCCUUUCUUCGUGUUUCAGACGCUCUGCAUGCUCCUCUUUAUGCUUGACGACUACUGGUACUUUAGCCUUUUUACCCUUGGCAUGCUCCUGCUUGUUGAGCGCAUGACCGUCAUGCAGCGCCACGCCUGUCUGCGCGAACUUAACAACAUGCGCCCCGAGCCCUUUGUGGUCGUCGCUUUUCGGUCGUGCCUGGUGACAUCUUGUCCCUUGGUGCGUGGCAUCUGUCGCUUCCACGUCGCUUCCACCCGUCUACCUCUGUCUGGGUGUGUGCGUGUGCGUGUCAUGUUCAAUUCCUUUUGCACGAGCAUAGGCACCAGCGCUUUGCAUGCGAUUCCUGCCGAUGGACUGCUGCUGGCGGGCACCUGCGUUGUCAACGAGGCCAUGUUGACCGGUGAAUCGGUGCCUCAAUUCAAAGAGCCAGUCGCACCCACGAUUGAACAUGGCGAAACCCUGCUUCUAGAGGCACUUGAGCAGUUGAGCACAUCCAUCUUGUUCUCCGGUACUGAAAUCAUCCAACACACCAACGCUCAACCACACGAUGGAUUGCCGGGGAGUAAGCAUGGUGUCGUGGUGCUGGUCCUUCGAACUGGCUUUGACACAGCCCAGGGUGAUUUGGUUCGCACCAUUGUGGCUUCCCAAGAGGCCAGCGUGAACACUCGGGACAGCCUGGUUUUUGUCCUCUUCUUGCUGGUGUUUGCGCUCUCGGCCGCAGGAUACACUUGGUGGAAAGGUCUACAAGAGGGCAAGGACAAGUACAAGCUCAUUGUGGAGUGUCUUCUCAUCAUUACUUCGGUGGUCCCACCAGAGCUGCCCAUUCAGUUGACGCUCGCCAUUAUCAACUCCGUCAAGGAACUGCGAAACCUCAUCUCUGUGACGCAGCCCUACCGCGUGCCACUUGCGGGCAAAAUCGAUGUGGUGUGCUUUGACAAAACUGGUACCAUCACUCAAGAGAAUCUCGACUUUGAUGGUGUCGUGUUGGCCGAUGGAUCGGUCCACGCGGCCGACGAGCUGGCCAAGCGUACCGACCCGCUGGCGUUUGCCCUUGCUGCCUGUCAUAGCCUCGUGGCUGUGCAGGGGGCGGUGACAGGUGACCCCAUGGAGCAAGCCAUCGUUCAAGGUGUAGGCUACACCGUUCGUUCCACGAAUAAGGUUUCGAAUGGCUCUGUUGCCAUUGAACAACAUCAGCGCUUUGCUUUUCGCAGCGAGAAGAAGCGUAUGGGCGUUGUGGCCAACGUCGCCAUCAAGCGCCAGUCUGAGCAAGCCUACUUUUUUGUCAAGGGUGCACCGGAAGCCCUGGCUCCCUUUCUUCAAACUGUCCCGGCGGAAUACACGGCUCUCUAUGAGCGCCUUGCGCGCCAAGGCAAAAGGGUGCUUGCUUUGGCUGCUAAACCAUUGCCCAAUAAGUUGCUCAAGCAACAAGCUCUAGACCAGGCUGAUUUGGAGUCAGCGCUGGAGUUUCUCGGCUUUAUUGUCUUGACCGGCAAGGUCAAACCUGACUCUCGUCGGGCUGUGGCUGAUCUUCAGGCCUCCUCCCAUCAUGUUGUUAUGAUUACCGGUGACAGUGCCUUGACAGCUGCGCAUGUCGCCCUUGAGGUGGGCAUUGUGACCGAAGCAGCCGCCAUUUUGCAGGUGCAGGAGGAGGACAAACUGGUCUGGCAACUGCCCAAUGGCUCGCUCAUGUCUUAUCCAGAGCUGCCGUCGCUGCCACUCUGUGUGACUGGGCGCGCGAUCGAGCGCUUGGCUGGCGCUGAACUUGGUCCCCUCUUGCCCAUGAUCAAGGUUUUUGCGCGGACAACUCCCGAGCAAAAGGCGGACAUCAUCCGUCAGUACGAGGCUUUGAAUCUAACCACAUGCAUGUGCGGGGACGGCACUAAUGACGUGGCCGCGCUCAAAGCUGCCGACGUUGGCCUGGCGUUGCUUUCGGAAGCAACUGCCGAACACCUUGCGCGCUUUCAAAGAGCUGCCGCCGACCGUCGCCGGCCUCAACCUAACACACGAGAAACAGAUGUGCAGGCACAAUUGCAAGACCAACUGACAAAGGACUUGGUUGUCCCCAAGCUGGGGGAUGCGACCAUUGCUGCACCGUUCACUUCGCGGCGAUCGACGUGUGCUUCAGUGGUGGCGCUGAUCAAGCAGGGACGAGCAACUUUGGUCUCCUCUGCACAGAUGAUGCAGAUUCUUGCUCUCAACUGUCUCUUGAACGCCUACAGCCUGAGUGUUUUGGCCAUCGAUGGUGUUAAGUUUAGCGAUACUCAAAUGACCAGCAACGGUUUGGCUGUAGCCAUGUGUAUGCUGUCGAUUGCUAGCAGCAAACCCCUCAAAACCCUGAGUUCGACUCGACCCUACAGCACCCCAAACAACAUGUACAUGCUCUUUUCCGUGCUAGGACAGCAUGUCUUGAACACAGCUGCACAGCACGGUUAUGGUGCUCGAGAUGCCUUGGCAGAUGGCCCUGAUUCAGUUUCCCAUAUGGGUAGUAGCACGGAUGUUGAGGUUACUGAAGAUGAUUCAGAGGGCAAUAAUGAUGAAUUUGCUCCCAGCGUCGUCAACACCAUUGUCUACCUUCUCUUGCUAGCCAUGCAGGCCUCAACGGUGCUGGUUUGCUACAAGGGGGCGCCCUUUAUGCAAUCUUUGAAGAGCAAGCGCCCGCUGCUUUGCUUGUUGGGCGGCAUGUUUGCUUUGGCUCUCUGUGGAGCUUUACAGGUGAGCCCGGAGUUGAAUGGGCUGCUGGAGCUCGCACCCAUGCCAGCUGAUCUGGCGCAGCUGACGGCCAGCGUGUUAAUUCUGGAUGUGGCGGGAGCGUUUUUGGUUGACCGUAUGGCAUCGAUCGUAUUUCCACUCCCAACAAAGCAUGCUGUGUUUUGA